CCACCCAAUUUGCAAACUUACAAAUACAGUGCUGUGAGUUGUUACGUUGCGACACAACACCCCCCAAUUUUCAAUUGAAUUGUCUUACACAGUGGGUGCAUGGAUGAUGAUGGCACGCAUGUCUUUGCCAUCUUCACUGGACUCCUCGUUACCGGGGAUCAGUCGGUCUGUUCUCAGCAGUCACAUGGAGACGAAGUACCAGUGCCAGCAGUGUGAUGAUAUCCUCAGGAAGCCAGUUCAAGCUAAAUGUGGCCAUCGAUACUGUGUGUUUUGCUUCAACCAGCUCACCAGCUCCGGCCCCAAGCCCUGUGAAGCAUGUCGUGUGGAGGGUAUAUUUGAAGAGUCUCAGUCCAUGCUGAACGAAAAAGAAGCGUUUCCAGACAAUGCGGCGCGCCGGGAGAUUGAUGGCCUUCCAGCAAAGUGCCCAAAUGAAGGCUGCCCUUGGACUGGGACCAUGAAAGAGUUUGAGGGACAGCACGAAGGUCAGUGUGACUACGAGACAGUUACAUGUGAAGCGUGUCAACUUCACAUCUUGCGCAAUGACAAAGACCGGCACAACGAGAGAGAGUGUGAAGCCAGGACCCUGAACUGCAAAUACUGCAAAGUUUCCUUCAACUUCAAAGAUAUCAAGGCUCAUGAUGAGAUCUGCACGAAAUUCCCCAUGCAGUGCAAAGACUGCGGAAAGAAAAAGAUCCCACGAGAAAAGUUUCCAGAACAUGUUAAAACCUGUGCCAAGAGCAAGAUGGCAUGUCAGUUCAGUAAAGUUGGCUGCCAUGCUGUGGUUGACAAUGGGAAGCAGCAUGACCACGAACAGUCCUCCAUAAUGGACCACCUGCGGAUGGUCCUGACCGCCCUGUCGUCGGUGGUGCUGGUGCAAAGCGACGGGUUCGGCGAGUACCAGGACGACUGCGGUGGACUGGGGCUGUACCGCGCACCCGAGGAAAAGGCCGUCGCGGAGGCAGCAGCCUCUGGAAAAGCCUACAGCAACAGCAGCAGCAGCAGGGCCGGAGGAGGAGAAGGACGAAGGGAUAGCAAUGGGCUGGGGCUUUACCAGGCUCCAGACGAAGGGACGGCAGGGGCCAGCGUAGCCUCUGGGAGGGGAAGGAAGAGCACAGUGGGGCUGGAACAGAAGGUGACGGCGCUGGAGAACAUUGUGUGUGUGCUGAGUCGAGAGCUGGAGAGAAGCUCGCUUACACAGGAAGCCCAGGCGCGCCAGCAUCACUUGGACCAGGAAAAGAUUGAGGGCCUCCACAGCAAGAUUCGUCAGCUGGAGCGGACUCUGACUAUGAGGGACCUAAAGUUAUCUGAGACGGAGCAGACUCUCACCGAGCUGGAGCUCUGCACAUUCGAUGGCGUGUUUGUCUGGAAGGUCGCAGACUUCAGCCACCGCAGACAGGAUGCUCUCGCCGGACGAUCUCCAGCCCUGUUUUCUCCUGCGUUCUACUCCAGUAAGUACGGCUAUAAGAUGUGCCUGAGACUCUACCUUAACGGAGAUGGCACAGGCAGAGGGACACACCUGUCUUUAUUCUUCGUGGUGAUGCGAGGGAAGUACGACGCCCUCCUCAAGUGGCCGUUUAGUCAGAAGGUGACCUUGAUGCUGUUAGACCAAAACAACCGGGAGCACAUCAUCGAUGCCUUCCGGCCCGACACCAGCUCCACGUCCUUCCAGCGACCCAUCAGCGAGAUGAACAUCGCCAGCGGCUGCCCCCUCUUCUGCCCGCUGGCCAAGCUUGCCUCGGCCAAGAACUCCUAUGUCAGGGAAGACACCAUUUUCAUCAAAGCCAUAGUAGACCUAACAGGUCUUUAGUGAAUUCUGGGUAAUAUUUAAUACCUCUGCGACUCUUAACAACGUAAUAUGUAACAAACGUUAUUAUUUGUAUACAAACAGUAUAUUUGUUAUACUUAUGCUAUAUUAUAUUAUAAAUAUAUAUAAUCCAAAAACAGUUGGAAAACUCGGGAAAACGAAAAGCAGAGGAUGGUUUUAUCCCAGUGGAUUAGAAAGCAGUUGUGGAAACUGGUCUAACUAGGCUACCUUGGGUGUCACACCACUAAAAACCUAUGAAUAUAUCAAGCAUAUUAUUUCUGUGGUUGAGGAACACCAACAUUGUGUGUGACAGCCUGCUCAAACUGUGACAAAUCUGCACAGUAGAUCUGUGCAUCCAGUUUUUGUGAUGUAGUGUUAUGAUGAUCGUCACAGGAGAUUAUUAGGAAAGAUGGCAAUUGAUGCUGAAUACCUAUCUAAUUAUAUUAUAGUGAAUAAUUAUUAUAAAAAUAUGAUAUAAUUAUAUAUACAAAGACAUUUUAAGCGGCUGACUGCAAGGCAAGGAAUUGUUAACAUAAUUAGAUGAGAUAAGAAUUUGCUUUUUUUCCAAGCUUUUUUUAUUUGUAUGGUUAAAAUUGUGUUACUGGGAGUUUUUAAGCAUACUUGUUUAGAAGCGUGUUGUGUGGCUGGUUUUGAGUUUGCAGGGGCUUGGGGGUUUCAAAGCUCCACGGUAAUAAGAACUGGAACCGAGAGACACCCCAAGCCCCAGUAAAGUUUUGCCUUUGACAUUUUCAAUACACUUACAUCUUCAUCAUAGUAACUACCAUCAAUCUAACCACCAUCAGUGCUGAUUGAACCAAACCAUGAUGAUCAUUAGUAAUUAUCAAGUAAUUAAUGAUUUUGUACAAGGGCUUGUUAUUCUCCAUUAUUAUCAACAGAUUAUGAAAAGGGAGUGGGAAAUGGGGUUUUAUUUGACAUUGUUCUUAGUGCAUUCUUUCACUAAGAAUCUAGUCUAAUAUGCUUAUGCGACUGGUAGGCGAUGAUUUAUAUGUUCAUAAUCAAAUGUAGCAUCAAUAAAAUGACCUCACACGCAAAAAUAGGUGGAAAACUGAAAAAAGGUAGUCCCUUGCGAAAUACUUUCAAUAUCUGCAAAUCAUGCAAAGGUGCUAAAAGUCGCAUGUGUGCGCGUGUGUGUUUGUGUUUGUUUGCGGGCGUGUGGCAAAUAUUCAGGAUGUCCGUGCUUGUUUGAGCCCAUGCAGCUCCAAUGUUUGUCCGAUAUAAGGUGAAGAUUCGUAUAAUACAAAGUCAUGAAAUAAAUCUACAUUAUCUAUGCA